UGUAUCCGGUACUGAGAACUGAGAGGGAAUAUCUAUAAUCUAGAUCUAGACUUUACUAGAUCUACUUUAAACUAGAUCUAGAUAUUCGAAGACCAAUCUAAAUAUUAGAUUUAUCCAUAUCUGGCUCUGCUGCAUAUAAAAUGAAUUAUUUACCCUCAGAGUUAAUUAGCCACAUUAUGGGCUAUCUAAACUUUAAUGAUCGCAAGGAAGCUUCACUUGUUAACAAGGCAUGGUACAUAGCCUACUUACACCCUUCCUUACAGAGAAAUGUUGUUGUCAAAUGCAAGCCACCAGAGAAAGGGUCACUUCCUCAAGGGUUAUUGAGGCGAAGACUGACCCACAUUGAUUUUGGAGAAGGACGCAGUGAGUCAAUUAACGAAGAUAGCCUGAUUCAAAUUUUGAAGGAAUGUCCUGGGUUAAUGGAGCUUGAUCUUUCUGGCUGUAAUCAUUUAUUUUUCUCUGGGCGUUUCCUUGAAAGGGAGAGUGACAGGCACAUCUUGCGCAAGACGCUAUUAAACUUGAAGGAACUCAAGUUAACUGGCUUACGACAAAUGACAGAUAUGACCUUCUUGAGGUUAGUGUCUGUUUGCGAAAACUUGGAAAGAAUUUCACUAGCAUCCACCAACAUCAUCUUUGGAAACCAAUUGUCAGGUUUGAAUCAGAUCAGCCCUGUCAUAUUCCAGUUUUCUACCUUCUUAAAGUUUGUGAAAGACAUUGCUGGACAAAUAAAGUCCAUUGAUUUAAGCUAUACCACUGUGCCUAAUGAUGCCCUGGAUGCCUUAGCUAGCAUCAAAGGGUUAGUCCUAGAUGAAAUUGUUUUGAAAAAUUGCACAGAACUCAGUGAUAAAGGAGUUAAGUUUCUUGUAACCAAGCAACAUUCUUUGAAGAUUUUAGAUAUCAGUGAAUGUAGAGAACUUGGUACAACUAAAGCAUUCUUUGCUACAUUGGCCAACAACCUUCCAGAGCUGCAUACACUCUUGAUGAGGAAAUGUGUUAAAAUGAGCCAGUGUGACAUUUCAUCACUGGCUGACUUCAAGUCACUCACUACUUUUGAUUUAGGAGAAGUAAAUAAUUUAACUGGCAAUGACCUGGUGAAAGGACUUUGCAGCAAAGGCCCUAAACUAAAAAGUCUAUCCUUGCCCUUUUGCCCUGAUAUACCCAAUGACUUCUUUAUACAGCUGUCAUCAAGCAAUUACUUACUGACUUAUUUAGACCUGAGUUCCUGCCAUCAGUUGUCUGACUAUGCUUUGCAAGCCAUAUUGCGAUCUAUGACACUUCUCCAUUCACUAAAGCUCCCCUACUGCAGAGAAAUCUCAGAUUUCGGCAUUCUUGGUUAUAUACCUGAGCAAGGUGUUAUUCCAGCCCAUACCUUUGAUUUUGACCAUGUAGGCUGUCCAUGCACCAGAGAACGUGACAGCAAGAUUUUUCGAAAACCUGUAGAUAUUCAUAAGGAAGAAAAAGCCUGUAUGUCCAUAGUAAAGAAAAGCAUGGAGAGUGGCCAGCCUUUACACAUGCUGUCUAAUUUGAGCAAACUUGAAAAAUUGGAUUUAUCCUCUACUAUCAGAAUUACACAUGUGGGCUUAUCACAGGCGAUUAGAUUCAAACACUUGCGAGUCCUCUCGUUGAAUGGCAUGGCCAGGAUUGUAGAUGAUACUCUAGCUAUUAUUGCCCAUCACAAUGCUAACCUUGAAGAAGUAAAUGUCAGAGGUUCAAAGAUUACUGACAAAGGUGCCUCAGAGCUUGCCAUGCAUUGCCCCAACCUUACAAGACUAGAUGUAUCCCAGUGUGAAGGGCUGACAAAUGCAGGCUUGGAGCUCCUAGCAACCAAAGCCAAGAGACUUCGUUAUCUUGAUGUUUCCUACACCAGUGUAACACAAGAAGGAGUAAAGAACAUAGAAUCAAAGUUUUUAUCUUUGAAAGUCUUAUCUAGACCAUACCUUUAUUAAGUAAAUGAGUUUGUAAGACUUUGUUGUUGUUGUUUCCUAUACAUUCAAACUUGCUAACAAAUUAAAUAUUAUAAUUCAGUUCUAAUAUCUCAAGCUUUAAUUUUUUUUUAAAUCACAAAUGUGUUUGUAUACAUUACUGUAUUAGAUUAAUCUUUUCUGAGAGAAAAACAGCAACUUACAUUUAUUAGUUACUUUUUAAUUUAAGUGCAAGUUUCUGUUGUGAUCACAUUUUUAAAUUGAAAUGUAUAGGUAUGAAAAUAGAUUACAAUUUGUAUAUAAAUAAAACUUUUUGAAUGUUUUCUAAAAUAAUUUUUCUGUCAUUUUGUUUUGUUUUUUAAACUUAUUCAUUGGUAAAGAUAGUUUUGCGUGUUUCAUUUUUGAUAAGCUUUUACAUUUCAACUUCUCAAUGAUAAAUGUAUAUAGUAUCUCUCCUUUUUACUUUACUAAUUGCCUUUUUUUUUUUAUUUUAACUGAACAAAUUUUUCAUAAAUUUUGUAUAACUGCUAAACAUAAUAUGUCAUUUACAUUGUUUGAUUAUAAUGCUUGUAGUAACUUAAAGAGUGACCAUGUAGCUAAGUUUUAAAAUGAUUAGCUGACAAUAAUAUGGUCACACAUUCAGGCUGAGGUUUGUAUUUCAGAAUAUUCAUAUAUCCAGCCUUCUUGAUAUACAUGGUAAAUUAUUUGUCUUACAAAAUCUUGGUCUGUUAUUUUGACACCCAUAUUAAUGAACCAUCACAGCAACACAGAAGCUGAACUUUACCUACCCCAAAAACAUUAAGGAACAUCUAAUAGCCAUUAUAGAUGUUUAAUGUGUAAAUUUUUAAAAUAUAUACAUAUACAGUAUUACAAAUUAUAUUACUUCUUCUUUUGAUAAAAAUCCUUUUGUAAUUUUUACUGUUAGCUAAAAUAUUUACAUCUAGGGGCACUUAAUCUCAAGGCAUUCCAAGACAAUGUUGUUUUUUUUAUAACUGAAAGAUAUCAAUGUACUUUGAUUGUAAAUGAUGGUGACCAACAUUAUAUAUUUAUUACUUAUUUUAUCUGGAACACUUCAACUGGGAAGAUGUAACACAUUUAGACUAUGUUGAUUAAUGUACUGUUUUUGUUUGGAAAGAUUUUAAUUGAUGUUUUUGUCUUGCAACAUUUUUUUAAUCAUCUUGACAUUUUUAAUCAUACAGAUUUUUUUAAUCAUCAGACAUUUUCAAUCAUCCAGACAUUUUCAAUCAUUUGGACAUUUUAUUAAUUUUAAUUCUAAAUAGCACCACCAAGGGUAUUCUAACAUUUAAAAAAAUUAUUUUCAGAAUCUUUCAGUAAUUUUUGUUUCCAAUAAAUGAAGGACUAAUAAUGAAGAAAAAAAAAAAAGAACAAUAUAAAAAUGGUUGGAUGGAAAAAUAAAGGUUAACUGUGAGACACCCAUUUUGUUGUCCAAAUAAAUUUAUUUAAAAAAAUGGUUUGAAAGAUGUUCGCAAGUCUAGGAGUCAUAUUACUGUAUUUCUAAUUUUCAAAAUGGUAAAACAUUGUUUUUAUUGCUUUGUUUUUAUGUCAUGGGCAUUUUAAACUUGGUUUGCAGUUCACAUCUUGAAUAAUUCUUUCACAUUCAUGUGUUUUUAUUAAGUUUUUGAGUGCAAACUGAAUAGUUUGGUAGUUGGACCUUUCCUAAUCUUUUUGUUUACAUUUUAGAAACUAGACACUUCAUAACACAUCAAAAUGUAUUUAGCUCGACCAUUAACCAUGUUCUGCAUAUCUCUGUUCUAGCUGUUUUCAAUCUCAUGGAUACAAAAGGGAAAUCCAAUGCAAGAUUUUUGGGACAACUCUUGCAGAACAGUAGCCAAUAUCAAGAAAGGCAAUGCUAAAUUUCGUCUUUUGAAAUUUCAGUCUUGUAUGAAACUGCAUAUAAGAGAGUCAUGAGAUCUGUUAUUCUAAUUAUCUUUUUUUUGUGUGUGUAUGAUUAAAAGUUUUUAUGAAUGUAAUCCAAAUAAUAUCGUUUUGACUUGUUGUUUCUUCCAAUGUCACACAUUUAAUCAUGACUAAAAUGGUUUCAGAAAAAAAGAAAAUGUUUAUAUAGGUCUACUGGAACAGGUAUGUACUAAAUGUGUAUUGUAUAUAUUGUAAAUUUACCAUUAAGUUGAAAAUUAUAUGCACUUAAUAUUAACUAGAACUAAUGGGACUAGACUUAGUUACUGCACUGUGUGGCCUUAAAGAUACACCAACAAAACUUGAUUACAUUAGCAUAUAAUAUAUACUUAAAUUGUAGUAAAGCCUGAUGCUUUAAUAGAAUGAGAAACAAAAUUAGCUUCCAAAUGAUUUUUAUGAAAGUUGUAAGAAUAAAUAUCACUGUCAGCAGAACACCUUUCACAAGAAUAUAUAGAUGCUUCAAGUUAGCUUCAUGCUUGUUGCCUGGUAGUGAAUAAAAAGAGAAAAUGUAUAAAUAUAUAUUUUACUGCACCAACAAUAGUUUUUUUUUUGUGUGUCUUUCUUGACGUAAUCAAUCAUGUAUUAUUUUUUACAAAAAGGCAGAUAUAUUUUCAAAGUGAUAGUGGUCACCUAAUUAUAAGGUACUUAAAUGUCUCUUAAAAGUUUGGACAUUUAUUAUCUUUUAGUCUAUUUCUUUUGGAAUUUCAAGAGUUAGAACUAGAACAAUAGUUUGGCAAAAGUCUUGAGACUUUCUUUGCCAGCAUAAUGAUGUUUUACUGUAUUUAUUUCACUUUCUUUCUUUGCUAACAAAUGUUCUUACUUUAUUUAUAGGCUAUAACUUAUUGUGUUCAUGUGAUUAGUUAACAUUUUUUAUGCACCAUUUUUUUUUAUGUUUACUUUGUUAUUUUUUUUUUAAUUUUUUUUUUUUGGGGGGGGGGGGUUUAAGACAUUGCUGAAUUUUUAUUUUAAAAUGUAAUUAAACAAGAUGAUGUAUUCUUUUUUUUUUUUCAAAGCUCUUAAUUUACUUUUUGAAAUUUUGUUUGUUUCUUUGACAAUGUAUACAGAAGAACAUAAAUAUUUAUUAAAAUAUUUUAUUGGAUCAUAGCUGUGAUAUUCUGUAAAGUAAAAAAACAAAAAAUUGUACAGGUUGUGAUUGCCUAUAUUUACAUUAUGAUGUUAUAAAGUCCCCUUUCAAACCUUGCUGUCUAUUGGGCAGAUGAUGUAAAGGUCAUCUGCUUCUAUGGCCCACAUUUAACUAGGGUGCCAUGUGGCCAGCACAGUAAGAUUAUGAUAAGUAGGUUUAUCAUCCACCUUAUUUUCUUUAGAUUAUGAUAAGUAAGUUUAUCUUUCAUCUUCAUUCUCAAAGCUUUCUUAAAAGCAUAUACUAUUUUAGUAAAGCUUUUUUUUUUUUUUGCAAGAAGAAAAUUACAAAGUUGAAAUAAGUGAAAGCCUGAUUUAUAUGGAAAGUGUGUUUAUACAAAAUUGUUUUUCCAGAGUUCCAUUUUAUAACCACAGUUACUAUUUUAUUUACAAACUUAAAUCUGUAACAAUAUUUUACAACAAAUCUUUUUUUUUUUGGUCCAUUACUUUAAACUUUUAACAAAAAAAAAGUGAUGCUGCCUGACUUCAUUAGGUUGCAAUUAUUCCUCUAUAGUAAGUAUGUUGUUUUCAUUUUAGAACUUUAUUUAUUGCAAUUACAUCAUUUUAGUCAUCUUUUAUUUCAUGUCUUGUUAUAUUCUGUCAAGCACCCUGAACUGAGUUUAUUUCUUAAGAGUUCUACAUAAAAAUAUCAUUUUAGAAAAAAUUUUAAUAACAUUUUUAAAAAUUGGAUUGUAUUUUUUCUAAUAGUCCUAAUCUGGACCCACUACCACAUCAUUAUGUACCAUGAAUUAUCCAGUUUUGUUUAAAUAGACCCAAAUUAUCAGAAUUUAAUUAAAUUUUUUUUUAAACGCUGUAAAAAAAAACUAAUAAUGUUUGUAAAUUAUUUCUUUAAGUGAAUUUGUUUGUUUCAGACAUUUAUUCUAGUGUCCCACACUAUUUGUAUGCAUUCAAUAUUAAGUAUAUCAGCACAAAUAUCUGUAUAUUGAAUUAUGUACAUGGAUGUAUAGACUUUUUUGUAACUGUCAUUACAUUUUUUAUACUUAAUAUUUUGCUGUCAUAAUUUAUUCAGUAUUGAAUAAUAUAGCAUGGUAAGAGCAAAAGUAGCCUAAAAUAUGUACUUCGGUGUCCUUGGCCUUUUUUUAGCCCAGAUAUUUUAAUAAAUUUGUAUUUUAAAUUGAAAACUUCUUAAAACUAAUUCUUUAAACCAUUAAUUAAAUUUGUUACAUAUUUCUAAAAGAAAAGUUGUAUGAAAAAUUCAUCAUAUAGCCUAGAAUUUCUAUACUUUUGCACCAAAUAUUAAAAUGUAGAUAAUAUUUAAAAGUUUAAUGAAUAGGUAAUAAAAUUAGUUUUAACAAACAA